AGUUUUUAAGGACUCAAGAAUUUUGACAACUCUUUUGGCUAAAGACUUUCAGAAAAUAUUUAUGUUAUUUACUCCGCGUUUGGAGACGUAAAGUUAGCAGACGACACCUUGAUAGUGUGAAUUUACGGCAAUAUAGUUGUCAAGAAAAUAUACAGAACUUUAUGAGUAUUACGCUCUAAAACUAAUAAAACAUUCUGCUAUGCCAUCAUUUAAUUAACGUUGGAUGUUUCAAAAUCGAUUUUGCGGAAAGUCGUAAAGGGCGGCUCUAUUGAAAAAUAGAUGAAUAAUAUUUUAGUGUGUGCACGAUCUAGCAUUCAUAGGAUAUUUACCUAAUGUUGAUAAUUAAUCCCACCUUAUGACUUUCAAAGAAUAUUUGUCUGAGCUCUUUUACCGUGUUAAUGACAGAUUAGGAUACAACAUUGCAACAGUCAAGUCGAAACAUGAAUUAGAAAACGGGGAAAGGGUUGCAGAUUGAUCUUAAACCCAGUCUCUCAAUAUGGAUGGAAAAUAGGUUAAGCAUUCAGAACCUUAACUAUCCAUGGAUUUUAAUGAUCCCAUUGCCUUGAGGGAUCUUGCAGAGCAAAAGGAGAAGGAAUGGAAAGACUUGGCUGAAAAGAGGCUUCAGGUUCUAGAGGACAGUGUGAAGCAGAAGGAUGGGUUUCUUAAACAGCAACAAGAGCAGUUUAUCAAGUUGAAGGAAGACUUUAAAUACAACCUCUGUCUCCUGGAGGAACGUGAUCAGGAGUUGGAGCGAUAUGACUUGGCUUUCGCAGAUCUUAAGGCACAGCUGAACAUACGCAAUGCAGAAAUCAGUGAAUUGCGUAUCCAGCUGGAUGAUGUGAAGAAGGCACAGCAGAGGGAGCAGCUUGCUCGAGAUGAUCUUCAUGCUUCAUAUCAGCAGCGGCUCAGGGAAAAACAGGCAGAAAUUGAGGCAUUCAAAAGCACAAAGAAUGGAGAACUCACUCGGGAGCGUGCUGAAUUUGAAUCCUUACGCCGAAAGCUUCAGCGGCAGUUGACAGACCUGGACGCUGACUUAGACAGGCAACGCCAUGAGCUCACCACAGAGUUUGAAGAUGCCCUCAAGAAAAGGGAACAUGAAUUUCGUAUUCAGACUGAUGAGAUGAGCGCCAAGGUGUUGGAGUAUGAUCUCAAGGCCCAGCUACUGGGCAAGGAGAUAGAGUUACUGCGAGGGGAGCGAGAGAGACAAAGCACUGAGGUGGAGGCAGCCUCCCAGUCUCACCGUGACUUGGAGAAACAGUUGAAGCAGACGCAAUGGCAGCUGGCUGACACCAACUCCAUUAAAGACGCUAGGAUCAAAGACUUGGAGGAGCAGCUCAAGAGGCAGGAGAAAGCUACAGCUAAGCUACAGGAGGAUUUCCACAGGAAAUAUGCUGAGCUUGACAAGGCCAUGCGAGAGCGAGAGGCAAGUGUUCAUCGACUGAAGUCAGCAUGUGAGGAAAAAGAACAAACCCUGAUUGAACAGACACAGGCACUGCAGUCCAAACUCGAGGACGCUAACAUCCAGAUCCGACAGCUUCAAUGGACCAACAAUGAUCUUAAGAAGGACCAUGAGAUGCAUAUUGAAAAGUUACAAAAUGAGUUACUAGAUUUAAAGACAAGGUGGGACACUCACGUCAAGGACAUGUCACGAGAUGCAGUGACUCGAGAUGUGGAAUUGCAAGGUGCACAAGAGGAGAUCAGUCGACUACGUUCAGAACUUGCUCAGCGCAAAGAUGAUCUUCUCAGGUACAAAAAAGAGCUGUUACAGGCAGUGGAGAGGGAAAAGGCUUUGGAGCAAGCUAAGGCCCAGCUUGACAUUGACUGGCAGCGACGCUGUGAGGAGAUGGAGCGACGACAAUAUGACAAAUCUGAGGAUCUCAUUGUCAGUCUUACUGGGCACGAGAUGAGCUUUACUUCAUCUUCUAGCUAUAGCUGCAGCAAAGAGAAGGGCAGAGAACUUGAGCAGGCAACCAUGUUAUUACGUGCAGUGACUCGUGACCAUGACCAUGCCUUAGCAACUUUAAAGAAACAUGAUAUUCCUUUGGACAAGAAUCUUAAGAUUUCAAGUGAGAAGUACAGUGAGCAAGAGCUGGAGAAUCUACGUGAACAGAACAGUGGACUGAGAGCGGCUUUGGCAGCCAUGAGACAGCAGAUGGAAUCCAUUGGCCAGGUCAUGCCUCCUUCUGUGGCUCUCAGUGCUCAGCACAGUCCUGAGCACACCGAGUCCCUUGAAAAGGAGCUGAAGGAAUUGAAGAGACAGAAUGUGGAGUUGGCAGAGAAAGUUGCACAGGCAGAAAAGUUUGGACAUCUGGUGGCUCGUCCUCCACAAGAUAGCCAGCACAUUCUGUCAGAGGUCAAGGACACUGGAGUUCGCAGUCACAUCUUGUCUCUGAACAACAUGAUGGGUGUACUGCGUGGAGAGAAAGUGGAAUUAGCAGCGAUAGUGAAAAAACAGCAGGCCAGGCUCCAGCACCUCGAGGCAGUCCUGGAGGAAACUUCCAAACAGCCUCAGGAACUGCAAGUGACCAUUGAGCAGCUACGAUACGAGAACGGGGCACAGCAGAGGAGACAUGCAGCCGAAGCUGCAGCCUUACGCCAACAAGUUUCCCAACUACAAGGGCAGUUGACAGAAGCACAACGAGAAGCUGACAUGUUCCACCAGGCCAGUGUGGAGAACAAUGCAGAACUGACAGCUCUACGAAACCAGGUUUCCGUGUUGAAGCUAGAUUUGGCAGAAAAAAGACCUGCCAUCAACUUUGGCGCACAGGAGCUGCUGAUUCAGCAAUUACAGGAAGAGUUAAGCUCCCUUCGCAAUCGUGCAAAUCAACUUGACAUAGCUCGUCAGGGAAAGGGAGACUAUUUUGCAUUUCCUGGCGAUGUGGGAGGUGGUACUUCUGUAUCCGAGUGGAAAGGCAAACUUGUUCGGGCAGCCAAACACAUUGCACAGCUUGUGAGAGAGAAACAACAGCUGACAGAACUCAGCAACAGGCUCCAAGCAGAGCUCAAGCAAGCAGGUAUGCAGAUGUCAGUUGGGGUGGACAGACUAGCAAGAGCAAAACACCUUCCUGCAUCUGUAGAGCCUAAAGACAGUGCUUUGACAGGUCGACUUUCACAGUUAGAGCAUCUACAGUAUCAGCUGACUAAACAGGAGCUGCAGUAUGCUCAGCGGUUUGCACCCCCAGUGCAGGGUGAGGAGGAUCUUCAUGGCAUCCCUGAGAAAGAGAAGGUUGAAGCCAAGGAUGGUGAUUCAGGCCGCAUGCAACAGAAGACAACUGCACCGGGUAAUGUUCCUGCCACAUCAUCUAUGCUUGCCAGUAUGGACUUCAGCAUUUCUUCAGUGGGUGGUCAAUCCCUGCAGGAUGUGUGGCGACUCCUGGAUAGUCCAGCCAGUCCAGACCUGAUCCGUAGUCAAGAACCAAGUGGUUACACCACAAGCGUCAACAAGCAGAGUCUCCGUUUGUCUGAUGAGGAUGGUAAUAUUGCUGUGCAUGGUCGUCGUCUGGCAAUGGACAAAAAGGACCACACCUCUGGCACCAAGGUGAAAGCUGUGGUCAAUAAAGCGAGAAAGGUGAAGACGCCCCAUCGGCCUGGUGUGAGGAACUAUAACCUGAGAGACGAUGGAGAGGCUGGGUGAUGCUCUGCUGUCUUUAGUGAAACACUUGGCUGUGAUACUGUACCAUGUUCAGGUGCUGCAAUACAUGUGAUGAAAACAA